CCCGCUGCCUAUAAGCCUUGAAUUCAUCGAAGAAUGGGUUCCAAUCUGCCUGCGUGAGUGCUGCCGAUGAGGAGACCGGAGCUUGCUCGAUGGAAUACACCGUGCUAACCAGUCGCUCUGUCUGCAGCCAGCCAAACCUGAGGCUUACAAUUAUCGCUGCUGACGGGUUAUAUAAACGCGAUGUCUUCAGAUUUCCCGACCCUUUUGCGGUUGCCACAAUCGGCGGUGAGCAGACGCACACGACCUCUGUGAUAAGGAAAACUUUGAAUCCGUAUUGGAACGAGACCUUCGAUUUAAAGGUCAACGAGGACAGUAUUCUGGCCAUCCAGAUAUUCGACCAGAAGAAGUUUAAGAAGAAGGAUCAAGGGUUCCUCGGCGUGAUCAAUGUGCGAAUUGGCGAUGUGAUUGACCUCCAGAUGGGAGGUGAUGAAAUGCUCACCCGUGAUUUGAAGAAAUCGAAUGACAAUCUUGUCGUACACGGCAAACUCAUUAUUAACCUGUCUACUAAUCUUACUGCGCAAACCCCCAGUCAGAAUGGUGUACACAGACCUCAACCGCAUUCUUUGGGUACGUCGGGGACAGUUCCGCACAUACAAACCUCGUCUUCGUCUCAAGGUGCAAGUCUUGUAGACGGUCCAAGUGCAUCUCCAGUCGCCGCGAAUUCAACGUCAUCGUUUACUCCUACGCGAGCCUCUUCGGGGGCUCGCCCUACAAGCGGAUUAUCAGCCGCCAACGGUGCUGCGCAGCCUCAGCCUAAUGGACAAACCGCGCAGGGCUCCAGAACAAAUCUGAGUUCCUUUGAAGACAACUUGGGUCGACUGCCUGCAGGAUGGGAGCGACGGGAAGAUAAUCUCGGAAGAACAUACUACGUGGAUCAUAACACGAGGACUACGACCUGGAACCGGCCGUCAGCUAACUAUAAUGAAAGCGCCCAGCGGUCACAAAGAGAGGCGAAUAUGCAAAUGGAACGUCGAGCCCAUCAAAGUCGAAUGCUACCAGAGGACCGCACUGGUGCCAGCUCCCCUAACUUGCAAGAAGGCCAGCAAGCAACUACUCCACCUGCAGGUGGAAGCAGCAGUGCCCAGAAUGCUGCAAGCGCUGCCAACGCCGUUUCGAUGGCUGCUACGGGAGUGACAACUGCGGGCACAGGUGAACUCCCAGCUGGUUGGGAGCAGAGGACAACCCCGGAGGGCCGACCCUACUUCGUGGAUCAUAACACCCGCACUACCACCUGGGUCGAUCCCCGGCGACAGCAUUACAUUCGUGUAUAUGGGCAAAAUGCCGGUGGAGGGAACACCACUUUCCAGCAACAAACUGUUUCGCAAUUGGGACCUUUGCCUAGUGGGUGGGAAAUGAGACUAACUAAUACUGCUCGCGUUUAUUUCGUGGACCACAACACCAAGACCACUACAUGGGAUGAUCCCCGACUACCCUCGUCCCUGGAUCAGGGUGUGCCUCAGUAUAAGCGUGACUUCCGUCGCAAGCUUAUUUACUUCCGCUCGCAACCGGCCUUGCGAAUCAUGUCUGGCCAGUGCCACAUCAAAGUUCGUCGUAGUAACAUUUUCGAAGAUUCGUAUGCAGAAAUCAUGCGCCAGAGUGCUUCUGAUCUCAAGAAGCGUCUGAUGAUUAAAUUCGAUGGGGAGGACGGCUUGGAUUAUGGUGGCCUCUCACGGGAGUACUUUUUCCUUCUUUCUCACGAAAUGUUUAACCCCUUUUAUUGCCUUUUUGAAUACUCCGCACACGACAAUUACACUCUUCAAAUAAACCCCCAUUCCGGCAUCAACCCCGAGCAUUUGAACUACUUCAAAUUCAUCGGACGCGUUGUUGGGCUCGCCAUUUUCCACCGACGCUUUCUGGAUUCUUUCUUCAUUGGCGCAUUCUAUAAAAUGAUGCUUAGGAAGAAGGUCACACUCCAGGAUAUGGAGGGUGUAGAUGAGGAUUUCCAUCGCAAUCUGUCGUGGACGCUUGAAAACGACAUUGAGGGUAUCGUCGAACUCACGUUUUCUAUUGAUGAUGAGAAGUUUGGUGAACGAGAUACCAUUGACUUGAUACCCAAUGGAAGAAACAUUCCCGUCACCGACGAGAACAAAGGGAAAUACGUCGAGCUUGUUACGGAAUGGAAGAUCCAGAAACGCGUUGAGCAACAAUUCAACGCCUUCAUCUCCGGUUUCAACGAACUCAUUCCCCAGGACCUGGUGAAUGUGUUUGACGAGCGAGAACUAGAGUUGCUGAUUGGUGGUAUUGCCGAUAUUGACGUUGACGACUGGAAGAAACACACAGAUUACCGCGGAUACCAAGAAUCCGACGAGGUCAUUCAAAACUUUUGGAAGAUUAUUCGAAGUUGGGACGCAGAACAAAAAUCCCGCUUGCUUCAGUUUGCUACCGGUACCUCUCGUAUUCCGGUCAACGGUUUCAAGGAUUUGCAGGGUUCCGACGGCCCAAGGCGAUUUACCAUUGAGAAGUCCGGAGAUCCUGUAGCUCUUCCAAAGUCUCAUACUUGCUUCAAUCGCCUCGAUCUUCCACCUUAUAAGUCCCACGAAGCCUUGCAGCAGAAACUGUCCAUAGCCGUUGAAGAAACAUUAGGUUUUGGCCAGGAGUAGAGUUGAGCAGUAUAAAAGAUAGCAAGAACCGUGAGUCUGCGAAGAAAAGAGAA